CCACCGUUCCCUCCCUCCCUUCCCUUUCCCUUCCCUUCCCCACCGCUGCCAGUUCAGCUCCUCCCCUGCCGCUCACUUGCUUGGUUGAUCCGGCUCGGAGCGCAGGAGAGCCGAAGCGGGGAGCGUUGGCUGGCUGAGCAGGUGGGCAAGCAACCCAGCGAGGAAGAAGAAGAAGGAGAAGAAGCCCCGCGAUCCUCUCUCUCGCGCGCGCAGAGGGCCGUGCGCGCCCUCCCUGACCCGGCACCAUGGGGCCGGCGGAGCGAGCCUGCGUCCUGCUUGCCAUCCUGCCCGCCGCCUUGCUCGCCCUGGCACCGCCGCCGCCGCCCGCCUCCCUCCCACUCGCCGCCGCCGCCAAGAACGCCAGCAGAAGCAGCAGCAGUAUCAUCCCCGGCGAGGGCGACACUCGCGACCCCCAGAAAGUCGGCGCCGCCUCGCCUCCGCCGUCUCCGCAACCCUCCGCCGGCAAUCAUAGCGGCGGCGGUGCCCAGCGCAACCCGGUCCUGGCGAUGCUGCGCGAUUUGCCGGCGCUCAAGGCCGCUGUCAUCGGAGCCUGCGCGGCCAGCGCCUGUCUGAUGGCCUGCCUGCUUUUCCGCGUCCUCAGGUCUAAGAGAAGGAAUAAAAAACCCCGCAAAUACGAUAUUAUCACGACUCCAGCAGAACGGGUGGAAAUGGCUCCCUUAAAUGAAGAGGAUGAUGAGGACGAAGAUGCCACAGUGUUUGAUAUAAAAUAUAGGUGAGGUUGUUGGACCAGACUUCUCGGGAACGUUGUCUCGUGUAGAAAAUGAUGCAAGAACUUUGGAACCAAGGGAGAGAUGGAGAAUCACCCUUUUUUUGGUUUUUUUUGGCUCCAUAACAUUUUGAUCGACUACUCUUUUAAAUAGAAAGGAGUGAGAUGUCAAAUUUUGACAUUUGGCCCAUUCCUAAUAAAUACGGCUGUUACGUUCCUGGAUGAAUGACGUGACGGACUGAAGGACCUCUUCUUUUCUGAACUUCUUUUUCAUUCUAAAGACAAUCCUUCUGAUUUACCGUAGCUUCAGAUGCCACCAGCAAAUUAAGAAAACUGAGGUCAGCCACAAGCAUUCGACAAUUCAGAAGCGGCCCAGGACGUUCUUUGCUCAAAAUAUUAAAGGAGACAGAUAGAUUCCGAUGGCAUUCUGGGAUCGGUUCUGAGUCAGCUAAAACCUUUGCUCUUCUUGUUUGCGACUUGCAACCCGUUAUCAGUUGUGCUGAAAUUGCUUAGCAAGGUUGUGUGUGCAUAUCUGUGUUGGAGGGGAAUUUUUAUGGGUAACCCUUUCAAUAGAUAGCUCACAUCCCUUGGUAUUAAUGGGGACCAGUGCGCUACUGUAUUAAUUUACAGUAAGUUUUUCACAGGGAGUUUCUCGCAAACUUUGUAUUAUUUUUUUUUCCACCAGAAGGUGAAUUCUGAUAGCAGGAGAAAGCAAAAUCCAAUGGUCCAUUUAAGAAGAAAGGAUUAAAAAAAAAAAUCCCCUGUACUUCCCACCCUGGCGAGGAUAACUUAUUUUUUUCAUGUGCACUCUUUUCCUUUCUGUAGCCUCUCGUCGUUUUUUCACCUCAAGGCAAUUAGCAAUCGGAUUACUGAAUUGGAAGAAGAGGUUUUGCAUUCAUGCCAGAGUGGUCCCAUCUGUUCUCUCCGACCGAAACUUUUUCCCAACCUGUUUUCUCUCAAGAAAUGUUGGUGUGUUUCUUCUCUCUCUCUCUCUUUUUUAACUGACUGGCAAUUAGGACAGCUGAACCUCCGCAUAUCGAGUGUCUUUGGCUCCAAUCAUUUCAUCUUGGUUUGAACCUUUCUUAGUGGGGAUUUCCCCCCCACCCUUUUAAUUAUAUCUAACAAAUAAAUAGAAGGCAAAGUAGACGGUGGGUUUCCCCCCACCCUUUUUUCCCCCUUUUCUCCAGGAGAGUCAAAUGCUUCUUUAGCACCACUGAUGAAAUGGCCCGUUUAACCUCAGAACCGUAGAAUCAUAGGGCUGGAAAAGACCUUGGAAUUGCCAAGGUUGGAGACCCCUGUUCUAGUCUAACCCCCUGGUCAAGGCAGGAGACCUUAGACCAGUGAUGGCAAACCUUUUUGCCGUCGUGUGCCAAAAAGGGGGGGAGCACGGGAGGGUCGCGUACGUGUGCCCACACCCAUAAUUCAAUGCUCCACUCGCAUGCAUACGUGAGCCCCCUGCGCUCCCCCCGCUUUUGGCACAUGAUGGCACGGUGAGCCCAGUAGGCCCAUUUUUUGCUCUCCCUAGACUCCAGAGUCUUUCUAGGAACUUAGGGAGGGCAAAAACGGCCUUCUCGACCCUUCCGGAGGCCCUCCGGAGGCCAGAAACAGCUUGUUUCCUGACUUCCGGUAGACCUGGAAGGCCCAAAAAUCAGCAGACAAGCAUGUGUAUACACAGCGGAGCUGAACUAGGGUGAUGCUCGUGUGCCCACCAGUAUGGCUACGUGUGACACGUGUGCCAUAGGUUCGCCCUCAUGGCCUUAUACCGUGAUUGUCCAGUCUAUUUUUGAAAACCUCCAGUGAUGGAGCAUCCACAGCUUCAGGAAGAAAGCUUAAUCCGUUGAUUAAUUGUUCUCACCAUCAGAAAAUUUUUCCUUACUUUUAGGGUUGGAUCUCUCUUUAAUAAACUUAUACCAGUUGCUUCUUGUCCUGCCGUCUGGUGCCUUAGAAAAGACAGUAAAUCCAUCCCUUCUUCUUUCUGGCAACCUUUAAAAUUGCAGGAUCCAAGCUGGAUCAGUCACUGGGACCAGAGUUUUGUGUUCUGAGCGGUGGUAGGAUCCUUCCGGUUUCACAACCGGUUCGGUGAUCGCGCGCUUUGCUGUGUGCGCGUGCGCAGUUCAGUGAAAAAUCACCUUCCGCGUUAGUGCUAGAAAAAUUAAAGCAGCUGAGGCGCGACAAUCUGCUCGGCCGCGCUAAUCAGCUGCAAAGAUAAAGGUAAGUAAAGCGCAGGGGCGAACAGGUGGGCCCAGCUGAUCAUCGGAGCAAACCAGUUCGCUCCCAGCUGAUCAUCGGAGCUACCAGUUCAGCUGAACCAGUCUGAACCAGUAGACUCCCACUCCUCCUUCCAAGCUUUUGGACUCAUGGUGAAGCCCACAUUCAGGGAACUUCUCUCUGGCAGAGUAUAGAUUGGAUCCUACAACCUUAUCCUGGGACAUGUAUAUUUGCCUUCAUUUGUGAGCCCUUAAAGUAUAGGAAGACAGUAAUCAUGUCCCCUCUUGUCCUUCUUUUUGAUAGGUUAGACAUACCUAAUUCCCUUAACUGUUGAACAUAUGGUUUAGCCUCCUCCUUUAUCAUCUUUGUUGCUCUUCUCUGCACAUUUUCCAUGGUCUCUGCCUUUAACAAGUGACUAUUCUUAAAGGGAAUGCAAUGGCUCAGCGGUUAAAGAUGUCAAGAUUGUCAGCUGAAAAGAUCAUAGCCCAGGUUUGAGACCCGAGCACCUUGCAAUGGGGUGAGCUCCCUUUCUUGCCCCAGCUUCUGCCCACCUAGCAGUUCAAAAGCAUGCAAAUGUGAGUAGAUAAAUAGGUAUCACUUCGGUGGGAAGGUAGCAGCUAUCUGUGCACUUUGGUAUAUAUUCAUGAUGGCCACGUGAUCUUUGGACAAGGUUGGCUCCUUCACCCAGAAACGGAGAUGAGUACCACCCCGCAGAGUGGGACAUGACUGGACAGGAAAAACCUUUAUCUUUACCUUACUCCUAAAGGUUGUAAUAAGGACUAUAAAACAUAGAAUAAUAGGGUUGGAAGAGUUGAGUUGCUGCUUCUGUACAAAGUAGACUUUGGGGUGCACCAAUCCCGCAUCCCAGCUUCCUUCUUCCAUGCUGUAUCUAAAAGCCCUAUUUACAGAGAGUUCUCCUCCCCCGCCAUUGGUAAUUUUACGAUAACAAAAAGACCUUUAUUCUCUUGAUUCAGGAAUCCAGACUGGGACCGAUGUUCUCAGAAAAAAAGGGAGAAGUUUAAUCUCUUAGAUACCUUAGUUAAGAUCCGUCUGUUCUUGUCGUGCCAAUUUUGAACUAUCCUGAGCUGGCAGCCACAAGAUAUUCGACUCUUGCUUUCCCUUUCUUUGUUGUCCCAGCGAUAUUGAGCAAAAAUAUAUACUUUCCCACCCCGCCCCCAGGUUCUUCUUUUCUCUUGGGAUUUUCUGUUUCUGCUUUUCUUUUGUGCGUGUUGAACUCGGUGGAGGGAAGGAGAACAUGCAGGCAAAAUGGUAAUGGUAGAAAUUUAGUAGAGGUGAUAGCAAAGUAGCUUGCAGUGCGUCUUGCAUCACCCUUGAAGUUUCUGAAAUCCUCCCAGACGUUUCCUUUUUUAUUGGUUCGCAAUAGCUCUUAUGGAUCAACAUUGGAAGCGCCUGUGGUUUUGCAGGCUGACUUUCUUAAAAAGUAAUUGUAUGUGAUCCGCCCCCAGCAAUAACCCAAAUAUCUCUGUGUCACUGAGAAUGCAGCUCAUUCUGGCUGAUCCUUGUUGAAUCGAUGUCUUUCCACCAAUGUUUUUAUUUCCCGUGGGAGGGGGGGAAACCCUGAAGUUUCCAGGUUAGCUCUUUUAUUACUCAAUUUGGCGGCUCGCAUCCAUUUCCCCAUCUGCUUCGUCCUUUGCAAACUGAUCUGUAUUGCCCAAGUGGCUGGAUUUCAUACCUGCCCAUAAAAGCAUUUCUGAAUUUCAAUAACAGAAUUAGCUGCAUUUAGCAAUUGUUCUCCAACACAGGGGUCUCCAACCUUGGCAACUUUAAGACUUGUGGCCUUCAACUCCCAGAGUUCCUCAGCCAACUUUGCUCUGGGAGUUGAAGGCCACAAGUCUUAAAGUUGCCAAGGUUGGAGACCUGUGCUCCAAGAGACAUUUCCUUAGGCUGGUAGGUACCCUUUUAGCCUAUGGUUCUGCUCCCUAGGAAUUAUAGGACACGAAAAGCAACACAACUAGGGACCUAGAAAUUAUAGGCUGUGAAAAGCGACACAAUUAGAGACCAUUUAGUCAGAGAAGGCAAGUCAAAAAUGGCAAGGAGCGUUGUUCAUUUGUUUUGCAAUUCCUGAGGCUAGCUCACUUCUUCAAGUAUGGUUUAAUGAAUCCUGAAAACACAGUAGCAGAACCACAGCUCCCAGCUUCUAUUUUUCUUGGUUGCAUUACGUGGGGCUUCUGGGAAAUGUAGUUCACUGCAGGGGUGAAAUUCAAAUUUUUUCGCUACCAGUUCUGUAGGCGUAGCUUGGUGGGCAUGGCAGGGGAAGGAUAUUGCAAAAAUCUCCAUUCCCACCCCAUUCGGGGGCUAGCCAGAGGUGGUAUUUGCCAGUUCUCUGAACUACUCAAAAUUUCCGCUACCGGUUCUCCAUAACCUGUCAGAACCUGCUGGAUUUCACCCCUGGUUCACUGGCUUCUAGAUAGCUCCUUCCUUAAGGCAAAGCAUAUUUCAGACAAUUAAAGCAAAUUAACUUUGUGAGUGGUGUGGGUGGCCUAGUGGUGAAGACUCUUGCUUCCCAUUCAGAAGGUUGAGAGUUCAAUCCUAGGUAGCGGCAGAUGUUUCUCUCCUAGCGUGCAAAGGAAAAAAAUAUCUGCUGCAAACUCCACGUAGGUGUCAGGAAGGGCAUCCAGUCAGUAAAUGCUCAGCUCCAUCCAAUUGUUCCAAAUUAAGGGACUACAUGGUCGUAAAAAGACAGGGGGGAGCAAAUUAACCUUGUAUAUGAGCCAUGUCUUUGAUACAAAACACCUUUCAAGUCAUGGGCAUUUUCCCCCAUUUUUGAGACACUGAGAUUACCCCCCCCCCAAAAAAGUGGGGGGGAUAGCCCCUCCUGGAUCUAAAUUUUAAAGGUUGUUUUUUUUUUAAAUUUCAGAGAAGUAAAGACUGGCUCCAUAGUGCACUAAAUCAGGGGACACCACCAACUUUGACAACUUUAAGACUUGUGGACUUCAACUCCCAGAGCAAAGCUGGCUGAGGAACUCUGGGAGUUGGAGUCCACAAGUUCCACAAGUCUUAAAGUUGCUAAGGUUGGAGACCCCUGCACUAAAUCAUACCUUGUUUUAAUAACCAUGUUUGUUAAACAGUCUGGAUUCUAACAACAGUUUAACAGACUAAUCCAACCUGGGCAUCUCCCAGAAUUCUUAGCUAAGAAGUUAACUGCUGAGAAUUGUGGGAAGUGAAGUCCAUACAUGGCACUGGAUGGCUCUCUCCUAAGGCAUAAAGUAAGAUCUACCUACAAGAAUAGUGGGAUCACCAUCACGUCAGAGGUGGGUUUCAGGUGGGUUCUGACCAGUUCUGGAGAACCGGUGGCGGAAAUUUUGAGUCGUUCGGAGAAUCGGUAGUAAAAAUUCUGACUGGCUCCACCCCCAUCUAUUCUUUGCCUCCCAAGUCCCAGCUGAUCGGGACAGAAUGGGGAUUUUGCAGUAACCUUCCCCUGGAGUGGGGUGGGAAUGUAGAUUUUACAGUAUCCUUCCCCUGCCACACCCACCAAGCCACGCCCACCAAACCAUGCCAUGCCCACCAAGCCACACCCACAAAACUGGUAGUAAAAUUUUUUGAAACCCACCACUGCAUCACAUGCUUUGCCACAACUGAAGAAAUCAUAGACAUGUUUCCCUAACCAGGUCUGAAUUUCACCAAAAUGUAUUUUUGUUCCGAAAGUACAGUUGGAAUAUUGUGAUGGCAUAAAUGUAAACACCCCUCAUUAAAAAAACAGCAAUCACCAUCAA